GUACCAACAUCCCCAUGGUUGUUACCUUGCCAACCGUUUCUGCUCCGGUUUUGCCAUUGGGACUAAGCUCGGUUCUAACACCCAGCAUGGUCAGCCCAUUCACGGCUCACGUCCCUUCCGCUGGGCCGAGGGUCACUUUCCCUUCAAGCAUGGCUCAGUUCAUGAAUGACCCCGCCAACCUGCAGGCCAUCCAGGGCUUUGGCCAGGUCAUGGCUAUGUGCCAACAGAAUGGGGGGAUGCCUUUUCUCCCUGGUAUGUUCCCGUUCGCUCUCCCAGGGCCCUCGCGUCCCCCGCAAGGUACGAAUCCGCUAAUCACUCCGGAUGGUCACUGCGUCUCGGUUGAAAGCGGAGACGACGAGUGGGACAUUCCAAGGACCCACAAGAAAAAGAAGGGAAAGACUAUCCGCCCAUCAACUUCCCGAAACUCCGCCUUCGAAAGGCUGGGGGAAAGGGAAGAGGGCCAGAGAAAAUCAGCCAAGCUAAGGCUGGGGCAAAGCGUUGCCCAUGUCAGCGCAUUCGCCCGGUUAGGCGAGAUGAGGGAGGCCGAGCCUGCCCGCACCCAACGCUCCUGGUCAAACCGGCAGGAGCCAGCCAGGACGAGGGCCUCUCGCCAGGAGGAAGAGGCAGAAAGCCAACCCAGGGUACCGGUGGCUAACCGGUUAACCACCCCCAAUGAUCGCGUCCAACAGAUGGAGGCGAAAUUGGAAAGGCUGGAGAAGAAGGUCGGGGAGAAGAAUGACCGGGACAAACCCCUCGCAGGGUCCCCGUUCACCACAAGGGUCCAUCUGACACCUUUCCCGCGAAAGACCUUGCGGAAUCGAGCCACCGAGUGGUUCAACAAGCUUCGCCCGGGAAGCAUUGACUCAUUCAGCGACUUAGCCUCGAAGUUCAAGGCCAAGUUCCAGGAGAACUGUACCAAGAGGAAGAAAUUCACCUAUCUUAGUACAGCCGAGCAGAGGGAAUCUGAGAACCUCACCCAAUUCCUUACUCGGUGGAAGGAGGAGGUAGACAAGGUUGAGGAGAUGGAUGACAAGACAGUGUUGUCCCUCCUCCUGAAUGGUUUGCGAGCUGGGGAACUUUACAAGGAGUUCUGCCGGAAACCCCCGGCCACGUAUCAGGAAGCAUACCAUACUGCAUAGGAGUUCGCAGAGGCAGAAACUCAACUCCGGGCGAAGAAAGAAGCCGAGCAUGGUUACAAGCCCAAACCGGUGCAAGUCAAGAAGGAAGAAGUGCCGGUACCCAGCCGGCCAAGGCACCACUAUGACCCGGUA